AUCAUCGUCAUGAACACAACUGGGACGGGUGUUGGUGCUAGUACUGGCUCGGAAGCCAAGCGCGUCUUUCCUCCGCUUUACGUUGCAUCUGGAAAUGCCUCCACGGACAGACUUGCGUUCUUUCACAUCAUCGAGCGGCUCAAGACACAAAAACGGACGGGAUGGGUAGACAACGGGAUACCUAACGCAGAGAGCAUAUCAGAUCACAUGUACCGCAUGGCCCUCCUCGCCAUGUGCACCUCGGAUGAGAACCUCGACGUGUCCAAAUGCGUGAUGAUGGCUGUGGUUCACGACCUCGCCGAAGCUCAAGUGGGCGACAUCGCCCCGCGUGAGGGCAUAUCCAAGGCCGAGAAGCGGAGACUGGAAGCUGAAGCAAUGCACAACUUCGUCUACGACAUGCUCCACGGAAGCUCCGCUGCAUUGCGGAUAGAAGCGCUUUGGAAGGAAUAUGAGGAAGGCCAAUCGGCAGAAGCCAAGUUCGUCAAAGACUUAGACAGACUCGAGAUGGCCAUCCAAGCAUCUGAAUACGAGAAAGCACACGACAAGAAUCUACAGCCGUUCUUCGACAGCAGCGUUCCAUUCUUGCGACAUCCCGAGGUGCAGGAAUGGGGCAAGUCGUUGACGCAGGAGCGAGAUGAACGACAAUCACAAGGCAAGGAAGGCCAGCCGAGAUGAUGUCCAAUCCGCGUGUUUGGGGACAAACGGAGUGUUGAGUAAAAAGCAGGAAUGUGUGGUAUCGAUAUAUGUGCAGUAUAUGAAUGGUGUUCUAUGUACUGUAUCUAAGACAAUCGGGUGAUAACCGCGAAUCUAUGUAAGUGUGAGUCCGAGGUCACAUUAUGAAGGGCAGGAAUGUAUGUGAUCCUCUGUAACCGAUAGUAGAAACUUUAUAAGGGGAUCAGCUGUAGGACAAGUCACGCGGAGCGAGUUCGUUCGUCAAGAUAACGUUAUCAGUAUCGUCCCAGGAAUCUGGAUUGCGGGACAAAGCUAUUGCCGCGUAAUAGCUCUUUUGUACCCUCGAAGAUUAUGAACCCAAUAUAGUUCACUUCUUGGCUUCAUCAGCGGUGAUCUCCUGCGAGAUCUUGCUCUUUGCUCUAAU